AUGGACGCGAGCGCAACGCCCAUCACUAAGAUUGAUGAGCCCGGCGUCCGAGCAGAGGGACAGCUGCUCCAGCAGUUGCGGCAAGAAGUAGCCCAGCUGCUCGGGCGGUCCCAAAUCGGCUUCCCAGGCGCUCAGCCGGUGAGCUUCUCGAGAAGGCACCUGAAGGAGCUCAUGAACAAGGACUACUUUGUUUGCGAAAAGACCGACGGGAUCCGCUACCUCCUCUACCUGACCUCAGACGAGAACGGCGACGAGAUCGCCUACCUGAUCGACCGCAAGAACGACUUCUGGUUCAUGCAGUACCGCAACCUGCACUUCCCGACACCGGAGCACGAGGGCGGGCAGCACGACAAGUCCAUCAUCGAUGGCGAGCUGAUCAUGAGCCGGCAGCCGAACGGCAGCGAGAAGCCCCAGUUCCUCGUCUUCGACUGCCUCACACUGGACGGAAUGUCCCUUCUGGAGCGGCCCCUCGACAAGAGGCUCGCAUACUUCAACCAGAAGAUAUACGCCCCGUACCGCCAAAUCUUCAAGAAGUACCCCGACGAGGCCAAGUUCCAGGCGUUCCAGCUGGUCAUGAAGGAGAUGCAGCUCGCCUACGGCAUGGUCAAGAUGUUCCGCGAGGUGCUGCCGAACCUGACGCACGGCAACGACGGGCUCAUCUUCACCUGCCGCGAGACGCCGUACAAGUGCGGCACCGACGAGCACAUCCUCAAGUGGAAGCCGGCGGACGAGAACACGGUCGACUUCAAGCUGCAGCUCAACUUCCCGAUGGUGGAGCCGGACGAGCAGGACCGCGCCGAGGGCGUGAACGAGCCCUACAUAGACUACGAGAGCGUCCCGCCCGCGAAGCUGCUCAUCUUCGCGCAGGGCCAGGUGGAGCGCGGCGCCGACCCGUACGUCGACUACGGAGACCUCUUCCUGACCGAGGACGAGUGGGCGACGCUCAAGUCGCUCGGGGACCCGCUGACGGGCCGCAUCAUCGAGUGCUACUUCGACGAGCACGACCGCUGGCGCAUGUACCGCUUCCGCGACGACAAGCACCAUGCUAACCACAUCACCGUCGUUGAGAAGGUCAUCGAGAGCAUACGCAACCCCGUCACGCAGCAGAUGCUCGAGGAGGCGGGGCCGGGUAUCCGCGACAGGUGGAAGGCCCGUGAGGCUGCGCGCAGGCAUUGA